AUGACUACGUACCGUAAACAUUGCAGUUCCUGCAAUGUUACAGUUGUCGACACGGUCGCUAGCGGCGACGGAAAAGACGACAGCCCGCCUGUGGCUAACGACCCAUGCCCUCCUCCUCAACCCAAAGCCGGACCAUCUGAGGAAGAGGUGAAGAAUCGACGAAAGAAGCUGAGACGAAACAACAAGAGUUGGUCUUCCAACAUCAAGCCCACCAAAGGAUCAAACGUCACGCCUACCAAAGUAUCAGCAAAAGCGCCAGCGAGCGAGAAACAAAUCCCAACCGAGACCCCCAAGCCAGCGGCGCCCUCGUCCAACAAUGAAGCCUUACAAGGCGUCCCGCCUCCUCCACGAUGCGCGUACGAGAACCUCAUCCUGAACAUGCUACACCUCCGACGGCCCCAGACCGCCUGGCCGCGCCUGAAAGAACUAUCCGACAUGAUCGCCGCGGAGCGCCGCUCCGCCGCGCCGGCCCAGCCCUUGACGUGGUGUCUGACCGUCUUCUGGGGCUCGCCGGUCACGCCCGCGAGCAAGCUCGUGUUUCGCACGCUGGACGCCCAUCUCGCGACGCACAGCUCGUUUGCGGGCCGGUGGUUCGGCAUCAAGGCGUGCAUCCUGCGGCACGAUCAGCCGGACGGCGGCGCGAGCUCGCCGUACAGCAUGUCCGAGGAGGACUACCACGUGGUAGAGAUGGACAACACGGUCAGGCUCAUCGGCAAGAUGGACGCGGCGGUCAGGUGCAAUGGCGACGAGCGUGUCGUGCGGGCGUGGCGGAUGCUCUUUGAGACUGGAGAUGCCAUCGUGCAGGGGCCUGAGCAGGACAGGGACAAUUUGUACAAGGUUCUGGGUGCUCAUGCCAAGACUUUGAAGGAUCUGGUCGAUGGUGAUGAGCAUUGCAUGCGGAUCUUUAAGGAAUUCGAGGACGCUACCAGAAUCCCUGUUGAUGUGGAAGCGGAAGUGGCCGCUUUCGACAUCUGGAACAAUGUUCUAGAGUUCAGCAAACUUCUAGAACCAAAUGGCAACUCAUCGGAGCACGCCUCCUCAGAAUGGGACUGCGAAAAAGAGUUCGAUUUCCUCCGGGAAGCCAGCACAAGGGUGAUGGUAGGGAGGCUCAAAUACACACAAACAAUCGCUAGCUUACACGAGGACGCAGAUCAGCAAGCCCGAGAAGGGGAGAAGAUCAUCAAGAUCGUCAAGGACGCCCAGCUCGCCGAAGACCAAAAGAACAUCAGCCCCAAGAGGCUCGUGGCGACCCACGUGCUGUGGCAAUCGCAGCUGAUCAGCACGGAAGGCACACUGAUCUCGCUCGCGUCGGCGAUUGAGUCGCUGGCACUGGCCGAAAUUGUAUUCACCAAGCUCCUCAACGAUGUAAAUGCAUGGGACGAGAGACGUGCAGAGAAGCUGGCCGACAAGGAGGAGGAGCUCAAAGAGCUUGAGGCCAAGAUGGGUGAGCUGCAGGUCAAGAUGGAUAUGCACCAGGCCAAGGAUCAUGCCGCCGAGGCCGCGGAGAAGAUCAAGGUCAUCAUGGAGGAGACUCGUCAGGAGCUCAGGGAGAUUGAGAAGCGGAAAAGACUGGGCCAGGAUCCAGUUUACACCGUCUGUAAGGAGGCUCUGAGGGCGGCGGAGCAUACGAAUCCUGACGCAGGCUCAGGUGAUUGGCCCUCUGAAGUUGCCGAGUCCGAGGGCAGCGUGCGCGGCGUGGGAUGGGAAAACUUCCCUUCUAGGAGCGCGCCUACUGCAACAAACUUGUACCCAUCGAUUGCUGGUCAGAAGGAAGUUGUUUGGGAUGUCUGA